AUGUACAUCAAUUCACCAGGUGGCUCCGUCACGUCAGGCAUGGCGAUAUACGACACGAUGACUUAUAUCUCGUCGCCCGUCGCGACAGUGUGCAUCGGAGGCGCGGCGUCCAUGGCAGCCAUCCUGCUGGCCGGUGGCGCGCCUGGCCAGCGGUGUGCUCUCCCGCACAGCUCCAUCAUGAUCCAUCAGCCACUGGGUGGCACCCGAGGGCAGGCAUCGGACAUUCUGAUCUACGCAAACCAGAUACAAAGGAUACGGGAGCAGUCCAACCAGAUUAUGCGCUAUCACUUGAACAAGGCCAAGGGCUUCGACAAGUAUACCCUGGAAGAGAUUAACGAUCUGAUGGAGAGGGACAAGUAUCUGAGCGUGGCGGAGGCGCUGGAGCUGGGCGUCAUCGACCAGGUGUUUACGACGAGGAAGGACAGGGAUCAGCCAAAGAAGGAGGCGGAGGGGGAGGAGGAGAGGAAGUACUGA